AUGCCUUGGGGCUUUGAAUGCGAGGGAUUCAUCACACCAUAUAAAGGCGUUCGCUAUCAUUUGAAAGAAUGGGGUCCUGGAACACAAGCACCGCAAACUCCCGAAGAACUUUUCAAUUUAAAGCACACUAAAGCAAGGAAUGUGAUUGAGCGUGCCUUUGCUGUUCUUAAGAUGCGUUGGGGAAUCCUUCGCAGCCCGAGUUUCUACCCUAUCGACGUGCAAACCGGGUUGAUAAUUGCUUGCUUCCUGCUGCACAAUUUUAUUCGUACUAAUGUCGAAGUGGAUCCCUGUGAGGACGGCUUAAAUACUCAACCAGAUGAAAGGUAUGGCAGUGACAACGACGAGUCGGUAGUUCCAACUAUCAAUGCUGUCUCGCCAACCGCUUUGUGGACGAAGAAGAGGGAUGAUUUGGCGGCUGCAAUGUGGGGUGAAAGAAUGAUCGGGUGA